AUGGACUCUUGUCCUCGCUCCUCGAGGUCGUCCUCGACCUCGCGCAAGUCCAAUCUGACUCUGGAUCUUUCCAACCUACCGCCUUUGGUGCAGCCCACGCCGCCCUCCAACACCCUCCUCUUCACCGGCCUCAACAACCUCGACAUCUUCAGACCAGACAACCUUGAGCGAAUUCGGGGCUUGGUCGCGCAGAUUGCAACCAUUCACGCGUUUGCGCCCCUCAAGUCGUUCCGCCGCAUCGUCAUCUCCUUCUUCGAUGUGGACUCUGCCAUCGCGGUUCGCCAGACAUGGGACGGCGAAUCCAUCAUCGGCGAUCGCUGCCGAGUCUACUUUGGCCAGCCGACAAGCACCGAGGCAAAGAACGAGCACCUGACGCUGCCCGACGCCGGCAAGCUGUUCUUCAUCUCUCCGCCUCCCAGCCCCCCCCACGGCUGGGAAGUGCGCCUCGAGGACGCGCCAAACAAGCUCGUCCACGCCGAGGACCUGGCCGAGGCCUUGGCCAGGCUGCACACCAACAAGGCCCAAGGCCCCGACUCUCCCGUCAGCCCGGUGGAUGGGUCGAUCCCUGCCGGCCGCACCAGGAGCUCCAGCUCGACGCUCAUCUACCGGCCCGAGGAGCACGGUUCCAGCCCAGACCUACCAGCCGUCUUUGUGGAAGACAUGACGGGUGAGCCAGACGAGAUGAGCCCCGUUGAGAGCACAAGCAGCAGACCCAUCAUGGCGCACACGUCGCGGCCGCCUGUCGAGCUCAUGCACGACGCAUAG